AUGGUCCAAUUAGUAGAAGCCGGCGAGAAAUAUGGCGAAGGAAAUCAAAUGUUGGUGGCAGCCGAGCCUAUUGCUGCCGGUGAAAAAAUUUGGUGGUGCACUUGUGGUGAUGAUGAUUAUAUGAUGUCAAGAGAUGAAAUACUCCACUUAACAGAAACACAACCUCAUUUGAAAAAUUUUCUCUGUUGGUAUUCAUACAUGGCUGAGGAUGAUAUGUAUAUGAUUCCUCGUACCUUUGCUGCUCAACGAAAUAAUGAUGAAUGUAUUUUAUUUAAUCAUUCAUGUGAACCAAAUUGUGGCUUUGAUUCUGGUGAUGGAAAUACAAUUGUUGCCAUUCGACCAAUUGCUGUCGGUGAAGAGUUAACAUAUGAUUAUCAUUUUCUUGAAACUGAAGCCUCAUUAAUUCGUGGUCUUGAAUGUAAAUGUGAAGCACCAUCGUGUGUUGGUCGAAUUAUGUUUGAUCGUUAUCGUGAUGAAGAGUUUCAAAAACAAUAUUAUCAAUAUAUGUCACCAUAUUUACAAUCACGUGUACGUGAAUUAAAAACAAAGUGGUAUUCAACAAAGUGUUUUACACGUUCUGCAACACCAAAUAAAACAAAAUCAUUACAUGCUCUCGAAUGGAUUCCGGCCGGUGAAGUCGUAGCAAAAUUUUCAGGUUCAUUUAACGCUGAAAAUCAUUUUAUUCGUGCAGUGGAAGAAGAUGAAGCUACAUGUGCAGUUGAUGAACAUAAACAAGUAAUUGCUUUAUGUGAUUUGGCACCCGAAACUGAAAUAACAUUAUAUUAUCAUGGAAAGUUGUAA